UGGUGGGCACACGGGCGGCACAGGACAAUAUGAGGUUCCUACUGACGGCGGCGCUGCUGGUGGUGUCGUCAGCGGCCUGGACCAUCACGGAGGCCUCCCCCCGCCACGCCCAGGAACACCCUCGAGGGAACCCCUGGUCCUUGCCGCACCCUGAGAGUGGCGCCCCCAGGGAGAUCAAGUCGCCUACAGAAGGAUUCGGAUCCAGGCUGCCUGCUGGAGGAUUCGGCCUCGUCACUACUGCUGGAGCUACGGGAGGAGUUGAACCUGCGACUCCUGCUGUGGUUAAUGGAGGAGUUCAACGUGUGAUACCUGCUGGUGCUGAAGGAGGCGUGGCUGCUGUAUCUCCUGCCAGUGGUGGGAUAGGGUCAAGUUCUCUAGUCCUCCCUCAGGGUAAGCCAAGGCAGAGGUUGGUGUCCGUGAUUCCUGCAAAGGUGGAAGCCGUUGUGACCUCUUUUUCCCCUUCUGACGCUAAGCAUCCAAGUUCUCUCCUUCCUCCUCAGGGUAAGGCAAAUAAUAAGCUUGUGCCUGUAACUCCUGUCAGGGUGGAGGCAGCCUCGAGGCCUCUGCCUUCUGCUGGGGGAGGCACCAUUGCGGGACCUUUGCUUCCGGCUGGCGGGGAGGAAGGGUCAGGAUCGCUUAAUUUUCCCUUGGGCAGGACAAGGAAAAGGUUCUUGCCUGCAACUCCUGCUGUGGUAAGGGAAAACAAUUUUUCAUCUCCUGCUGGUGGAGGGGUCGUUGUUGGUCCCGUGCCACCUGGCGUGGUUAACAAUGGGGCAAGUUCUCUGCCUCCUCCCCAGGGUGGGACAAGAAAGAGGUUCUUGGGUGUACCUCCUGCUAAGAUUGAGGGGCACAUCACUUCCACGUCUCCUGCUGGGGGAGGCACCGCUGUGGGAACCGUGCCUCCUGGCGGGGCUAACAAUGGGGCAAGUUCUCUGCUUCCUCCCCAGGGUAGGGCACAGGAAAGGGUUUUGGCUGUACCUCCUGCUAAGCUUGAAGGGCACAUCAGGUCUCCGUCUCCUGCUGGGGGUGGCAAAGUCCCAGGGUCUCUGCUUCCUGCUGGCGGGAAGGCAAGUCCUGGAAUCCCGUCUGUGACUCCUGUUGACGAUGGGACAGGCCGAGGACCUCCGCUUCUUGCUGUGGACUCCGCCAGUAUUCCGGUAAGGUCAGGGGCGUCAGUAGGAGAUGACGUGCCCUUGGAGUCCACCGCCACACGCGCCAAGAGCCUCUGGACCAAACGACCACCAGGAAACGCCCCACACAUCGGCUCAAGGUUUGGCGUUGCUGGCGGGGCUGGCGGCGGCGUCCCUCUAUUUGGGCUCAACCCUGACCCUACCAAGCUGCCGCGGUUCCCUGCAGCGCCCCCUACUAGCGCCGAGGUGACCGUGGUGCUGCCAGGGGCCCAGGCCUUCCCCCCGCCCCCUGCCUUCCCCUCAUCCCAAGCCUUCCCGCCACGCUCUACCUUCCCCCAAUCCCCUAACUUCCCCCCGCGCCCUGCCUUCCCCUCCCUUUCAGCAGCAGUUCCCCCUUCCCCUGCCUUCCCUCCGCCCCCUGCCUUCCCCUCCUUUUCAGCAGAAGUUCCCCCGUCCCCAUCAUUCCCUCAGCCCCCUGCAAGAGUCCCCGUCACAGUCCUACAGACUGCCAACCCUGGACUGCCACCCCUGCCACAGAAGGGGGGCGGCGGUCUGCUGGGGGGGGUGCUGUCACACCUCGCAGGGAAAGUCUUUCAAGGCGUCUCGGGACUCUUCUUCCCAGGGGGCGGUGGAGGGAUAGUUGGCGGGCUCCUGAAGGAACCCAUAGCCGAGGCAGCAAAGGACAUCAAGGAGGAUGCCAAUGCAGGACUGCGUUUUGCGAGUAGCGAGCUGGCGUUCCAGGGGCAGCAGAAGGCGCAAGGGCUGGCGACGGUGCUGAGAGGGGCGGCGCGCACGGCAGGUCGAGUGGGGAUCAGCCAGUACCGUGCCCUGCUGCAGAAGAAGGAUGCAUUGAAGGACCUGGUGGCGGACACGGCCGAGAACGUGGGGGCCUUCGCGGACCAGGCGACAACGGCGAAGUACAACAAACUGGAGGCGUCGCUGCAGGCCAUAGGGCGCCUCCUGCGGGACCUCAAAGUGGCCUUCCUUGACUACUUGAUCCAUAACGGGCAGGCGGCGAAGGUGCUGGUCACCGAGCAGACCGAGGACAACGGGGAGGCGGUGGGGGCGGUGCUGGGCGCGAAGAGGGAGGCGAUGCGGGACUCCGUGAAGGCGGUGGCGGAGCUAGUGUCGGGACGGAAGCACAACUAUAGAGCCGGGACGUAAUGUGUGUGUGUGUUUAUGUGUGUGUGUGUGUGUGUGUGUUAACCUGCUGCCAUAUAUCUACCACCGCUGCCAACGUCACUGUUAGUCCUAUGUAUCAACUCUACUAACCACAACUAACCAAAAUACUUACAAGAAUACUAACAAUUUCGCGACAGGCAUUAAUAUAUUCUUGCUACUACCACUGCCACUACUAAUCAUACCACCAACACUACUACUACUGCUGCUACUAUUACUACUACUACUACUGCUACUACUACUAUUAUUACUACUACUACUACUACUACUGCUAUUAUUACUACUACUACUACUACUACUACUACUACUACUACUACUUCUACCACUACUACUACUACUAUUGCUUCUACUAAGUACUGCUUCUGCUGCCACCUUGAUUGCUACUAUUACCAUUACGUACCAUUACCGGCAUUAAUAAUAGUAACAAUAAUGAUCAUGAUAAUAGUGCUAAUAAUUAUUAUAAUGAUUUUUAUAAUAAUUGUAAUAAGAUAUUUGUGAUAAUGAA